AUGAGUCAAUACACUAGGGUUCCUAGUCAAGAGGGACAAGAUGAUGUUCAGGAAGUUGAGUUGUCUGCUCCGGCGCUAGAAUACACCAAUGAGAUAAUAGAAAGUGAAACAACACCGAUGGUUGCCGAACAGCAGAUUACUACAAUCAACAGUAGCUCUUCGAGUAACAACAGUAAUGACGAUAAUAAUGGCAAUGAUAUCAGUAAUAAUUCUCAAAACGAAAAUGAAAAUGUUGAUACUGUUAGAGUUUUGAAAUUGUCUUCAAGCACCGAUGGUGUUUGGUCUAAUUUGACAGCUAAACCCGAGAAAGAAACUGAAAAAGAAGAAUUGCCUCCGCCAUAUGAGACUGCCGCUGCCGAUGCAGCACCACCUUAUUGGGAAACUACUAUAAUUGCACCUGGGAUGAGUGGUGAUGAGAUCUUUGUUGAAGGUCUUCCUGUAGGAAAUGUGUUCAGUUUUGUAUGGAAUAUGCUCGUAUCGAUGAGCUUCCAAUUUGUUGGAUUUUUGUUGACUUAUCUUUUGCAUACAAAUCAUGCUGCCAAGAACGGCUCCCGAGCUGGCUUGGGUUUUACAUUAGUUCAAUAUGGGUUCUAUCUUCGUGGUAGAGCUUUACAAGAAGAAAGUUACCAAUAUUACGGUGAUGAUGAUGAUAUGAAUGAUAAAGAAAUGCUUGCUAGAAGUGCAUGGUUAAG